UCAUGACUAAGGUCAUUUAGGGAUGUUGCUGUCGUUUGUAAAUUAGUUUCUUCCAUGCAAAAUAGUGCUAACACCAAGCAGAAAAAUUAUUCCAUUUGUAAUUCAACCGGUCGAAGAAACACUGCUGCUUAUGAAUUGUGGUAAAUAUUAUGAAAGAUUGUGUCGUCUGCUGCGGAGGAGUUCUUAUUGUGUUGAAUAUGGGGAUUAUUCAUUGAUUUUGUUUAAUUAUACUUACUUACGGUGACAUGGCGAGUGAGAUAAAUCACUUUAACGCAUGCACUAUCAUGAGAUCUCAGAAGACUCCAUUGAAAGCUAACGUACUCGAAUGCCGGGUUUGCGAGGACGUUUUCGGCUUGCAAGGAGACAAAGUACCUCGAUUGUUGCAUUGUGGUCAUACGGUAUGUCAUUCUUGUCUCCUUCGCCUACCUUUGAGAGAUAAUGUCAUACAGUGCCCGUUUGAUAGACAGCCAACGCCUGUUGGAAAUUCCGGAGUCUGGGGCUUAAAGAAGAACUUCGCAUUGUUAGAACUGCUGGAACGACUGCAAAAUUCACAAGAGCGGGGAAAUCUUUCAUUUAAUACCGAUUUACUUGAGAAGGAACGUCAGUUAUCAGUUAGUUGUGAUGAGAAUGAACAACAUGUUGCUGUGCUGUACUGCACAAUUUGCACCACACACCUCUGUGAAGAAUGUGCAGAGCAAACACAUGCAACCCGCACUUUGGCAAGACACAAGCGUGUGCCACUUUCUGAGAAACCACCUGAGCAUCCAAAAUGUCCGUCCCAUCCAUCGCAUAUUGCUGAGUUUGCAUGCCUUGAGCCUGGGUGUCAGGCCAUCCCAGGCCCACUUAUGUGCUUUAUUUGCAUAGAUUAUGGACGCCAUAAAGACCACAAGCAUGCAUUAGUGGAAACAGAAGCAGAAAAGGUACGGUCAUCUGUCAUCACCACAGUUCAGCAUAUGAGAAAAUUCAUGGAGGAUGUCAGUGAAACAGUUCGUAAGUUAGAGCAUGUGAUUCAGCGACUGGAUGGUGGAAGUCAGGAAGAAGUUGGCACAGCUGAGAUUGCCCGUGCCCGCGUUGCUAUUUACUUUCAACAGCUGCGAGAUGCACUAGAUGUACAAGAGGCAGCAGCCAUGACAGCUGUUGACACACACAUUCGUGAACGUUUAUGUUCUCUUCGCCAGUUGCAAGAGGAUCUUACAGCCUCACUCUCUCAGGUGGCCGUAGUUUGUUUACAGUGUGAACAGAUAAUACAACAAGAUGAUGCACGUGUUCUUACACAAGCUCGUGAAUUACGGGAAGCUCUGAAUUAUAUUGAGAAGCAACAGCAACAAUACUCUGAUCUAAGUCCCGAGCAGCUCCAGCCUGACCCAAGCAUACCAAUUACAUUCACAAAGGACAACCGGGUGCAUAUUGGUCCGAAGAUGGAAAUGCGUGUUGUUACUCUGGGUCUGGAUGGCGCCGGCAAGACAAGUAUUCUAUUCAAAUUGAAGCAGAAUGAAUUUAUGGCAACAAUACCCACAAUUGGUUUCAAUGUAGAGUCAGUUGAAUACAAGAACCUGAAAUUUACUAUUUGGGAUGUGGGAGGCCAGCAUAAGUUGCGUCCCCUGUGGAAACAUUAUUAUCUUAAUACUCAGGCUGUUGUUUUUGUGAUUGAUUCAAGUAAUAUAUCACGACUUCCAGAAGCUCAAAAUGAAUUAUCAAAAUUGGUGUCUGAAAAGGAAUUAAAGGACGCUUCUCUUUUGAUAUUUGCUAAUAAACAGGACCUAGAGGGCUGCCUUUCUGUGGAACAGCUGACAGAGCAGUUGGGAUUGUCCAAGCUAUGCUGUACACGUUCGUGGCAUAUCCAAGCAUGUGAUGCACAGAGUGGUACAGGGCUGCAUGAUGGACUGGAAUGGCUGUCACGCCAGCUAGUGGCCUCUAGUGUUCUUGAUGUCAACUGACUGUAUCCCAAUCCUUCACGGAAACAUCAACAUAUAGACUGGGGGACAUGGAACAUCUAAUUUGAGGAUAUUCCAUGGUUUGCUAUUACAAGUUUGUGAACAUUUGUGAUAUUAUGUGUUAAAGUUGUGUUGUAUGCAUGUUUCGAGGUAGUUCAUGUGUUCAGUGUAUAGAAUGUGAUACUAUAAAUUUUUCAGAAUAGUGGAAUGUUUGUGUCAAAAAAUACUCAUUCAAUGUGUGCUAGAAUUUGGUGUAUUUGUAAAAAUAAUAAAACUGUAUUUAGACAGUC